GUAACUGCAUUCCUAGUAAGCUGUAUAACCCAUUUCUAACCAUUGAUUUCAUAAAAUAUAAUUCUAUAGAAACAAACUUCUUGUGCAACUUACGAAAAAAAAGUGCGUGUACAAGCUUUGUCUGAGGCAGUGAGUUGGGGACUUUCAAGUGAAAACAGCAUAGAGUAUAGAACACGGGUUGGUGAACCUCUUCCAUGUAUCAAUAUUGGCUGUUAUGAUAGAUACAUGAACCGCAUACCGUUCAAAUCUAUUGAUGAUGUUGUAAUCAAGAUUCGUUCUGAAAGUGUUGGUUUUUCUUACGACCAUGCUAUGGGUGCAAAUACAUCACAAGAUAAAUUUUCUUUACGUAUUAAGGGCCUCGUUAUUGAAACCAGUGAACUAGACAAGAUUGGACCAAACUAUGAAACUACUUUGUCUAUAUGUUCAGAUGACGAAUUAUUUUCUGUAGCCAUUCCAGUUCAAGUUUUGCCUGGACCACUGCACCAUAUCAGUGUUCAUCCACUAAAUUAUGGACAGAAAUUGUUACCUGGACUUGUGGUUAAGGAGCUUAAAUUGGAGAUGUUGGAUGCAUAUAAUAAUCAUAUCCAAAAAGAUGAGAAAAUCAAACUGCAGAUGGAUGGAUUCUGUGCUUAUGAUCAAGGUUGCCUUAUGUGUAAGGUAGAUGAAAAUGGUUUUGUAAACCUUGGUGGAGUACUGAAAGUUACAGCAGGAUAUGGUAAAAAAGCUUCCCUCUCUGUUUUUUCUGGUGAUAAAGCCGUUUUCAAACAAGAAUUUCAAAUUGAGGCAAGAGAGCUGCGAAUUGUAUCAGAGAUACCUGAAGAUUGUGUUCCUGGUUCUCAUUUGGAGAACAUCAUCUUUGAGGUCAUAAAUUGUGAAGGAGAGGUUGAUGAAAGUAUCCAUGAUGAUGAAAAAAGUGGUCAGCCCCACACUCUUACUAUAAAAUCUGAGUUGUUGAAGAUAGAUGAGAGUGUGAGAUACAGCUUCUGUCACGGUCGCUGCACUGUUCGUAGCAUCACUCUCCCAGAAGAUGAAGGGAAGUUCCAUUUUGUAGCACUUCAUUCCCGUUACAUGGAGUUGCAGUUGCGUAUAGAGGUGAAUACAAAAAAAGCUGUAGAACCAGACUCUGGAUAUUUCCAAUCUCAAAGUCCAGAGAGGCAGAUAUUAAACCAAGAGGUUGACAAUUUCCAAUACCCAAGUGCACAGAAGCAGAUCUUUCCGUAUGAGAAUUCACCCCCCUACAAAGUUCCAAAAUUGGAGCAUGAUGAAAGCGAAGCUGAUCAUAUAGUUAAUCAUAAGAUUUUGGAGGAUGAAGUUUUCCAUUAUUCUCAACUCCGUCAUCAGUGUGAAAUCCAACUGAAAAUUCUUGAUUCCAAGAAAUCAAACAUUCAGACAGAAAUUUUCAACUUGGAAGACUCUAUUGGACUUUCUUCUUCUCAGAAUCGUUGCUGCACUCAAGAAUCAAUUAUGGGGCAGAUUAGUGGCAUGGGUCACUCAGCAGCUGCCAUUGCCUGCAAACUGAUCGAAACACCUUCAUCAUCUGUAGAGCUACAUCAUGAAUUUGCCAAAGAGAUACUAGGUGUGGUUGCACUACUUGGAUUUGCUGAAAGCAUUGAGCUUAGCAGGAUUUUAGCGGAGUACCUUGGUGAGAAACAAAUGCUCGCUGUGGUUUGCAAUGCCCAUGCAUCAUCUGUUGGUGCCUCAAAAAUGCAUGGACACUUGAGCAGUGCAGAUGCUCUUAGUACAUUGGCUAAUAAUCUUGGAACCUCUAUUAAUGGAGGAUAUGAUAUGAUAUGCCUCAAUGAUAUAAGGCCUUACACAGGUGAGUUGAGCAUUGGUCCCCAAAGAAGGCUAGCACUAAUGAAUCCUGCUUUACCAAAUGGGGAGAGCCCUCCAGGGUUUUUGGGCUAUGCUGUCAAUAUGAUUCACAUAUCUGCAAAACAUUUGCAAUAUAGAACGGCCUCGGGUCAUGGUCUUCGCGAGACUCUAUUUUAUCGUCUUCUGGGAGAGCUCCAAGUCUACGCAAACAGAGAUUGCAUGAGCAUGGCUAGUUCCUGCUUUAACAACAACCCCGCUGUUUCUUUGGAUGGUGUCAUCAUGAGAGGAAAUGGUGUCACAACCCACGCGUUUGGGGAUCCAUUCAUUAUGUUUCCAGUCUUCUCAAAUGAGCAGCUGAUGAAUCUGAUGAGAGUGAAUCCAGAUGUAAUAAAUCUGCUCAAAUAUAAGAAGAUACAACUCGGGGAGGUUCAAAAUCAUAUUGAAAACGAAACAAUGGCAUAUGAGGAAAUCAAUAAAAAGUUUAUCGGUUAUCGUGAUGCAUAUGUCAACUUAACUCAGGGAAGUAGUAGUGUGCAAGAUACAUAGAGUUAGGCCAGGCCAGGUUAAAUAUGAAAAAUAUUGAAAAUAUAUAGAUAGUGAAUGAUGGUUUAUAUCAAUUUUUGUUGGGGUUAAAAACUAUUAUGUAAUGACAUUAGUGCAAAAGUUCACCUCACCUUCGGGCUCCAUGCAUGCGGGAUGUGUAUAGUUUU